AUGUGGAAUCUCAUUUACUCUAAUCCAAUAUGUUUUAAGAAAAAAAUAGCUUAAGUAUAAAUUAUUAGUUGAUUAUUACAAGGAGCAACUAAUGCAUUUAAAUAAAAUUUAAAAUUCUAAGCCACUUAUAAAUAAUUCUUAACCAUGGAAACCAGGACAUUCAAUAUCAAGAUUAGUCAAUAAAUAUACAAAUAGUAUAUAUUUAAACUUAUUUUUUUAGCUAAUGAUUAGGUAAUAAUGGAUAAAAAUAGUAAAUUGCUUAGAAAAAUGAUGGAAAUCUAAUAAAGAAAUAGUACAUUAAAAUAACCACCUAUGCAUGGUUCAUUAGAAGCAUUAAGAAGAAGAGAACAAGUUAAGAUAAGUUCAGAAAAUUAAACUAUUUUAAAACGUUUACAAUCAGCUAGUUCAGCAUACUCUAGAAAAACUUGGGUUAAUGAUAUUGAAAGGGUUAAAAAAUAUAGAGAUAAUUUAUAAAGAAGAACAAGUAACAAUAUUAACUAUUAUUCAGGAACAAAUGAUGAUUUUAAUCUAUUAGCAGCUUAAGAAUAAGUUAAACGAAAUCUAACAAGUUAAUCUUCCUCUAGAAGUAUUUACUUUUUAUUUUUUCUUAGAACUUAAAACAAGUUAGGGACCUAGAACUUAAACAUAUGAGUCAUUAAUUUGA